GAUAUCGCCCAACAUGCAACAGAGUAGCAGAGUCCACCCCCAGCCGCACGCUGGCUCGCCUGCACCGCGCAUCCCUCGCCACCUCCGCACCGCCGCCGCGCUCGCCGCCGCGGUCCAGGGCCUCAUCGACGCGUCCCCGCCGCGGGCCGCGUCGCAGACCCUCCACGCGCAGCUCCUCGCGUCGGGCCUCAGCGGCACCACCGCGGACCUCUCCGUCAAGCUCCUCGUCCUGCACCUCAGAUGCGGCUCCCUCCACAACGCCCGCGCCGUGUUCGACGGAAUGCCGCGGCCGACCCACGCCGCGCACAACUACCUCGCCGCGGGUUACUUCCGGCGGGGGCUCCACGGGGAGGCGCUCGCGAUCAUGAGGCGGCUCGCGGCGUCCACGGGGCGGGUGGACGUGUUCGCGCUGUCCAUGGCGCUGAAGCUGUCCGCGGCGCUGGCGCUGCCCGGCGUCGUCGCGAGGGAGGUCCACGCGCGCGUCCUGAGGUCCGUCGUCGCGCCCGAUGAGAUCCUCUCCGCGGCGCUGGUGGACGCCUACGUGAAGAGCGGGUUGCUUGGCUACGCGCGGCGGGUGCACGGCGUGAUGCCCGUGCGGAGCGUGGUGUGCUCGACGGCGCUGCUCGUCGGGUGCAUGAACGAGGGCAUGUACGGGGACGCGGAGGCGAUUUUUGAGGGCAUGGAGGAGAAGGACGUCGUGGCGUACAACGCCAUGGUCGAGGGGUACAGCAAGACGGAGGAGACGGCCGAGGGCUCCCUCGAGGUGUACAAGGCGAUGCAGCGAACGGGGUUCUGGCCAACCGUGUCGACGUUCGUGAGCGUGCUCGGCGCGUGCUCUCUCCUGUCGUCGCCGGAGCUCGGUGAGCAGGUGCAUUGCCAGGCGAUCAAGAGCAGCCUCUUCAGCGACAUCAAGACGGGGAGCGCCCUGGUUGACAUGUACGCCAAGUGCGGCCGGGUGGAGGACGGCCGGAAGAUCUUCGACCACAUGCCGGAGAGGAACGUCAUCACCUGGACUUCGAUGAUCGACGGGUACGGGAAGAACGGCCUCUCCGACGAGGCCCUCCAGGUGUUCGGCGAAAUGCGGAAGCGGGCGGACGUCCGGCCGAACCACGCCACCUUCCUGGGCGUCUUGUCGGCGUGCGCGCACGCCGGGCUGCUGGCGCAGGGCCAGGAGGUGUUCCAGAGCAUGGAGAGCGAGUACUCGCUGCGGCCGCGGAUGGAGCACUACGCGUGCAUGGUGGACCUGCUGGGCAGGUUCGGCAGCGUGCGCCAGGCCUACGACUUCGUCAGGGGGAUACCGGCGAGGCCGAACUCUGACGUGUGGGCGGCGCUGCUCGGGGCGGCAACGCUGCACGGUGACGUGGAAGUGGCGGACGUCGCGGCGAGGGAGGUCUUCGAGCUCAGCCGCGCGGGGAGACCCGGCGCCUACAUGGCGUUCUCCAACACGCUGGCGGCGGCCGGGAAGUGGGACGGCGUGCACGACGUUAGGGAGAUGAUGAGACGGCGAGGGGUGCUGAAAGACGCGGCCUGCAGCUGGGUCGGCUCUGACAACCCGCCGCUCGUCGACUGAUGUAAACGAUGAUCAUCUGUUCAAAGUAGAGUUUUCACCUUGCCGGUGCACAAUGGCUUGUAAAAUUUUCUCCUGUAACAAAUUUACCUCUAUUGGAGAACAAUUCAUUUUUGCAAUUCAUGCAGUAGAGAAUCUAUGACAAGUGGCAUGCUGCGUGCGACAGCCAAGAAGUAAAUGCCAUGGUGAUAA